AUGUCUGGUUACUCUCCAUCUCUCCAAUGGAUAAAACUUACAGAAGAAGCCAUUGCCAAUGAACCUUCAUGGAACUUCGUUAGCUGUGUUUACAGAACAACCAUCAAUGGCGUAACCCGUCACGUGACCACCACAUGGUCCAAGAAUCUCAUCAACAUCUCCCUCCAAAUCACAAUCGAACCCCUUUCAGAAGAUGAAGAUCCCUCCACCUGCAAAAUCGACGUCAAAACCUGGCAGUUUUGGGGCAAGAAAGGGUUGAAAUCGUUUCCGAUUAACGGAAAACGGGUUGACGUUUUCUGGAAUUUACGGUCCGCUAAGUUCGCCAACGGGGCUCCCGAGCCGUGCUCGGAUUAUCACGUCGCGUUGGUUUCUGAUCACGAGAUGGUUUUGUUGCUUGGAGAUCAAGAGCAAGAAGCUUUCAGGCGAACGAAAUCGAAGCCGUGGUUGGCGAAACCGGUGUUGGUUCUCAAGGAAGAGAACGUUUUCGGGAAGAAUUUGUUUACGGUUAGAACGAUGUUAGGUGACGGAGGAAGAGAACAUCAUGUGGUCAUCGAGGCAGCUUUGUGCGAGAAUUACGAGCCUGAAAUGUGGAUCGGCGUUGACGGGAUUGUUUCCGUUCGGGUUGCCAAUUUGCAUUGGAGAUUCCGAGGGUACGAGGAGUUUCAGGUGGAUGGUAUACCGGUACAAGUGUUGUGGGACGUGCACGAUUGGUUGUAUAUGGAGCCGAACACGGGGUCGGGAAUGUUUAUUUUCAGGCAAAGCACAAACGAUUUCGAUCCUGAUAGCCUUUCAUGCGAAGUAAACCCGAACGAAGACGAUUGCAUUGAAUUUUGUCAUUUUCUUCACGUUUGGAAGAUUACCUGA